CUCCAUCCCACGUUUUCCAGCCCGGCCCUUCGAGUGGGGGCCUCCGGGGCUGGCUGGACUGGCGCUCCUGUGGUCCGGUGUUGGUGGCGGUGACCUGUUGCCACCCUGCCGCCGCACACCCUCGAGCCAUGUCCUGGGCCGCUCUGCUCGGUCUCCUGCUCGCGCUGCUGCUGCUGCUGCUGCUGCUGAGCCGCCGGCGCGCUCGGCGACCCGGCGAGCCUCCCCUGGACCUGGGCAGCAUCCCUUGGCUGGGCCAUGCCUUGGAGUUUGGGAGAGAUGCUGCCAGCUUCCUCACCAGGAUGAAGGAGAAGCAUGGCGACAUAUUUACUGUGCUGGUGGGAGGCAGAUACGUCACUGUCCUCCUGGACCCACACUCCUAUGACACGGUGGUCUGGGAGCAGCGCACACGGCUAGACUUCCACCCCUACGCCGUCUUCCUCAUGGAGAGGAUUUUUGAUCUGCAGCUUCCAAAUUUCAACCCCAGUGAGGAGAAGGCCAGGAUGAAGCCCAUGCUGAUGCACAGAGACCUGCAGGCUCUCACGGAAGCCAUGUUCACCAACCUCCGCACAGUCCUGCUGGGUGACUCCACAGAGGCAGCCAGUGGCUGGCACGAGACAGGCCUCCUCGACUUCGCCUACAGCUCCCUGCUCAGAGCUGGCUACCUGACCCUGUAUGGAGUGGAGGCCUCACCACGCACCAAUGAAAGCCAAGCCCAGGACCGUGUGCAUUCAGCUGAUGUCUUCCGCACCUUCCGCCAGCUGGAUCUGCUGCUUCCCAAACUGGCUCGAGGCUCCUUGUCAGUGGGGGAUAAAGACCACGCAUGCAGUGUCAAAGGCCGCCUGUGGAAGCUGCUGUCCCCAGCCCAACUGGCCACCAGGGCUGACCGGAGCAGCUGGCUGGAGAGUUACAUGAGGCACCUGGAGAAGAUGGGGGUGUCGGAGGAGACGCAGGCGCGGGCGCUGGUGCUGCAGCUCUGGGCCACACAGGGGAAUAUGGGUCCCACGGCCUUCUGGCUCCUCCUCUUCCUCCUCAAGAAUCCCGAGGCCCUGGAGGCUGUCCACGAAGAACUGAAGCGUGUCGUCUGGCAAGCAGAGCAGCCUGUGUCACAGAUGCCCGCCCUCCCACAGAAGGUUCUCGACAGCAUGCCUGUGCUAGAUAGUGUGCUAAAUGAGACCCUCCGGCUCACGGCUGCCCCCUUCAUCACUCGUGAGGUCAUGGCAGACCUGGCUUUGCCUAUGGCAGAUGGGAGGGAAUUCUCUCUUCGACGUGGUGACCGCCUCCUCCUCUUUCCUUUCCUGAGUCCCCAAAAGGACCCAGAAAUCUACACAGAGCCUGAGGUGUUUAAAUACAACCGAUUCUUGAACCCAGAUGGGUCAGAGAAGAAGGAUUUUUACAAAGAUGGGAAACGGCUGAAGAAUUACAACAUGCCAUGGGGAGCAGGGUACAACCAGUGCCUGGGGAAGAGCUAUGCCAUCAACAGUAUCAAACAAUUUGUGGUCCUCCUACUGACUCACUUCGACCUGCGGCUGGGCAACGAGGACACAGAGGUCCCUGAGUUUGACCUCAGCAGAUACGGCUUCGGUCUGAUGCAGCCUGAGGAGGACGUGCCCAUCCGGUACCGUGUCAGGCUGUGACCUGUGGAGCAUACACAACACUCACCUGGGGUCUCCUGACUUCCCGUGCCUUCCUCACUGGAUCCCUGUUGUUCUAGAAUGCUGUGUCUAGAGGAGGGGACAUAGAGGGCAUGGAGAGCAGGAAAAGCCAAUGAAAGCUCUAUAUCCCUCUGUGAAGACUUGCUUCCAAAUCAGGCUGCCUGGGCUCCGGGUUCCCCUAUGCCUCCUGUCCUGUGGUACCAGCAGUCCCCACCACCAUGCCCCCGACUCCCAGAGCAGUCGCUGUCCCUACCUUUAAUAGCUGGUAUAGUCCAGGCCUUGGCCAGCGUGGCAGAUAUGGGUCAUGGAGGACCCGUAAGGAUUCGUCAGUGUGUUUUAAGUUCUGUCCCCAGAUUAUUAAAGAGACAUGGCCCUCCCUCUCUUCAUGUGGAUGCCUGUCCUCUGUCCUUGAUUCACAGACAGUAGGUAGCAGGGCUUUCCUUGUGUUAAGACUGGGAUGCAGUGUGACCUGGAAAGACCUGGCCCUGUGAGAUGUUUGGAGAGUCAGUCUAGGGAGUCUAUCCCUGCAUCCCAGCACACAAACCCCUGCUACAGUGUACACAGGCCGGCAGAACAGUUUUGUUCAGCCUGUACUUUAAAAAUCAACAUAGCCAGGCAUGGUGGCUCAUGCCUUUAGUCCUUGCAAGGCAGAGGCAUGCAGACCUACAUGAGCUCCAGGACAGCCAGGGCUACACAGAGAAACCCUGUCUCAAAAAAACCAAAAACAACAAAAUCAACAUAGUAGCCAGGCGUCGUGGUGCACACCUCUAAUCUCAGCACUAGGGAGGCAGAGGCAGGAGGAUCUCUGUGAGUUCUAGGCAAGCGUGGUCUACAGAGCUUAGUCCAGGACAGCCAGAGCUACAUAGAAAGAUCCGGUCAAACAACACAGUAGAUAUCAUGUUAUCUGUGGAGGAUUCCUGUGGAUGCCCUGGCCACACGGGGCCGACAGUCCCAAGAGUAGCUCUGCCUGGGGUCCCCAGCAUUCACCUUCCUUGAACGGGGUUUCAGUCGAGUCAGCAUUGGCACCCCUGGUCCCUUCUGGUCCCGAAAGCAUUGGAGUCUGUGCCCCUGUUCUGACUCUUGGGGGUACUGGUGGAUGAAGUGAAAGAACCAGCUAGCUUGUCCUCAGGCCAUGCUGCUCACCUGACUCUGGUCACCACAGCCUUUGCCCAAGUCAGUGGUGAAAACUCACCUUUGUGUCAAUUUCAGGCUGACUUCAAGGGGACUAUGGCUUGCAAACCUCCCUGUAACCGCAAACAUGCUCACUGCUAUUAGGCCUUGUUUCCCAAGUGUCUUUAUUCUUUUUAUUUUAUUUUAUUUUUGAGGCAGGGUCUCUCGGGAACUUACUAUGUAGACCAGGCUGACCUUGAUCUCACAGAGAUCCACCUGCCUCUGCCUCUCAAGUUCUGGGAUAAAAGUGUGCGCCACCAUACCCAGCAUUCCAAGUGCCUUUAAGUGCUGAGACAGACCUCUAUUUCCAUUCCGCACAGCAUCCUGGAGAAGAUAUGGUGUUAUGCCAGCUUUCCAGAUGAGAAAGCCAGCUCAGAGAGGUUAAGUGACCUGCCUGGGGUCAUACAGCUCUUGCCAGUAGAGCUCAGCCCACACACCUCUCCUAGAAGCAGAUGUUGGGUGGGCUGUCUGUUCUUCAUGCCUAGGGCUCCAGGGGUGGCGGUGGGACACUUCUGUUUGGCGUUAGAGAGCUGGCAGCCAGGAACACCCAAACAUGGUGCAGCUUAUGAGACACAGGCACAUCUGUGAUGAGGUCCUUUUAACUAAGUGGAAAGACGGAAGAGGCCCUGCGCCCAUGUGUUCCAAGGGCUCACCUCUCGGAGCAGAGCUAGGUCUGGGAGGUUUCCCUGGCCCUGGGUCUCCAGGCACCCUCGGGAUUCCCGGAUAGACAGUGUGAUUGGCAGGAGUCUGGGCAUCCCCAGGGAAACCCAUCUCCAUGCUUGGGUGACCCCCCACUGCUGCCUGCUUCUUAUCUUUGCCGGAAAUCAGAGCUGGCAAACCUCCUGUGGGAGGAUGAGCCAGUUUCCAUGGCAACCCCCAGUUGCCUCCUCACGGCUGGAAGGGGAGGAAGAAAGUGGCAGAAAUAGCUGCUGAAGGUCUCACAGGCUUCAGUCCUGGUGCGCUAGAGGGAAGCCCUUCAGAGCCCCAUCCUAACUGAAUCAGACUAGACUGUCCCCAAGAUGCUCACCUCUGCUCAGCCACGGGCUAGUUCCCUUUAAAGGUGGCGCCUCCUCAGCCGCAAUCAGGAGGGGAUCGAGUAUGGGGAAGACGGUGAAGGCCAGGCAGCUCCAGCGGGGACCUGAGGAGCUGAAGCAGUGUCAUGCAUGCCCCCAUUUAAAUUCCUCCCCCUUUCCAUUUCUUUCCUUCUUGAUAACAGGCUGGGAAUUUAGCCCAUAGCGUGGUUAGCUAGCAUGCACAAAGUCCCAAGUUCAUCUCCAGUUCUGCAGAAAUUGGGUUAUGGUGGUGCAUGCCUGGAAUCCCAGCAAGGUGGAGGCAGGAGGAUCAGGGGUUCAAAAGUCACACUUGGCUACAUAGUGAGUUUGAAGUCAGCUUAGGGUACACAAGACUGGCUGGAGAAAGAGGAAGGGCCGGAGGAGGUGGCAGCUUAGAGAGGAGAGGUGAAUUAGCCACCUGCAUGGGCAGAUCGCACCUCCCCAUUCCCAGCUGUACUCAGCGUGGCAAGAUGUGUUACUGUUUUCCGUUUGAUCAGAUGAGGGGUUCCCUGGCUGUCUCACUGUGUUUCUGCUGUUAUUUGCUGUUCAUCAAAUGUUCUCCUUUAAGCAGAUUUGCUAGUUUUUCCAAUGCUGGCAGGAGUGAGCCUGUAUCAUCUACGCCCCAUAGAAUCGUGAGGAAUAAACCGGCCCUGGACAGUGGAGGUCAAGACUCUGGGCCCCAGAGCCUGUGUUCUUGGGUUAGAUGAGCCAGUGUGCUGGCUGGCUGAGGCCUCGUCCAUGUCUCUCCUCAAGUUUCUCAUUGGUGGACCCACUGUGGGCGAGGGGUCCAAAAGAGGGGUGAACUGCUCAUGCCAGGGGGUGGGUGGUAGCCCAGUCUCCGGAUAGAGAAGCCUACGCUGAGCAUCUAUCCCAGACAUCAGUUUGGAUGCUUUUGUGAUUUUUAAUAAACACAGCGUCACAGUGUGUUUCAUGAGCGGCAUAGUGGCUCGGCCUUGCCGUUUCAACACAGUGCUCAAACUUUGUGUCAUGCUGUCAGAUGGACACGUGCUUAUUAAAGUG